UGUUCGCCAUUCGCUGAAAGUUGUUGGCUGAUCCUCGCCAGUGUGUCGGUUCGCCAAGCGCACCCAGCGUUGUACCGAAUUGUGACAUUAAAAGAUAGCAGCAGCUGAUAUGGACGGAGAAGCUGUGGUUACUGUUCGUCUGGUGAGGUCCUUCGAGCACAGGAACUUCAAGCCUAUUGUGUUUCAUGGAGUCAGUUUAGACCAAACGGUACAGGACUUCAUUGAAUUCGUAAGAGUUGAUAUUGCUACAAAACCAGGACUUCCACUUCCAUUCAGGAAAUAUGCUUAUGACAAAAUGAAGAUUAUCCACCAAGCUCAUGGAGCAAAGACGAAUGAGCUGGUAAUGAGUUUGUAUGAUGAUGACAAACUCAUUCUGCAAGAUGACCAAACCCUUAGAACUGCUGGUGUUGCCAAUGAAACGGAAGUGGCCUUCUUCAGGGAAGAAGAUUACAGUCUCUACAGGGCAAACCCAAAAACAGCCUGGUGACCACAGAAUUUUUUUAAAUAGCAGAGGAUAUCCUUAAAGGACAGAAGUCAAAGGUUAAGCAAGCUAGGAACAACAACAAAAAAACAUCUCAUGGUGCCAUCAUGUUUGCAUUGUAAAUUUUUCAUUUGAGGGAUUGUUUUUUUUUUUUUUAAGUUGAAGCUGAUCCACCUGAUGAGUAUGCCUUUUUUAGUUUCUAUCUCAACUGUUCCUUCUGGUAAUUUUAAUCAUGGACAUUAAUUUAUUGUUAAUGUUUGAAAAUAUGUUGAAUAAAAUUUUGUAUCAGCUGAA